AUGGCCCUGCCGGUCUGCGGGCAGCGCCCGGUCAGUGCUGCGGCCAAGGGAGCAGUUCUGCUGCUACGCGACAGAGAGGCGCCGAAAAGCGCACGGGCGCCGCGCGUGGUGAGGCUUCCAGACCCCAAGGUGGCUGAGGAGCGGCCUGCGCCGAAGCCGAAGGGCGCUUGGGAGGCCGAGGCGCUGCCCGCAAGAGCCGCACCGGCCGCGAAGAGCCGGGCGCGCAUUGGCGCGCGCUACCGGGAGGACACCUCCUGGGGCCGAGACUUCGGGCGCUUCAUCGGCGACGGCUUUCUGCCGCCCUUCUUGCUGGAGGAGCUGCAGGGCAAAGACUUGCUGGAUCAGCUCUUCCUCCUGCGCCACGCGAUGCAGUGCCGGAUCCGCUACGAGAAGGGCCGAGAGACCAUCAAGCGUCCCUCGGAGAAUCGCGGACUGAACAAGCCGGUGACCUACGCAUCCAACAUCUGGAACCGCGGCUACGCCAACUGCGCGGGGCACUGCGUGGUCUUCGCCUCCGCGUUGCGGGCCUUGCAGGUGCCCUACUGCGUGGUGAGCUUGACCAGCAAGCUACCAAAGAAGCCCAAGCACGCCAUCAUGCAGGUUGGCUUUCCAGAGCACGCGGACAUCAAGAAGUUGUCGCGGAGGGCCUACGAGCUCUGGGCCCAGUUCUACGGCCGAAGUGUGAAGGACCCCAAGGAGAAAGGCCGAGAGGUCCGGCUCUUCACGGGGCUGAAGUUCACGCGGAGCCGGGAGGGCAGCGCCGCGGCGCUGCACAAGGGCUGCGGCCGGUGGCUGGUCUUGGACCCCGGCGCCAAGGUAGGGUGCUACCAGCACUUGAUCGAGAAUGGGUACAUGACCCAGUCCAACAAGUCGUUUUGGUUCGCUGCCCAGCCACAGAUCAAGAAUUGGCUCCCGUUCGCCGGUGUGGAACCCGACGCCGGCACGCCGGAUAUGCCACACAGCGACUCGGACAGCGAUGCGUCCAGUGAAUUCGAAUUUCAGGGAGCCCGAUGA